AUGGAUGGCAUGGUUCUCUCCUUCGGCCUUGCGAUUCUGUUGCAGAUCAGCAUUGGAUCCAUAGUGAACGUCUUCCUCCUUCUGUUCUAUGCAAGCGUCAUCUCCGCCAGCCACAAGCCCAGUUCCCCUGACCUGAUCCUCGCCCACCUGGCCUUGGCCAACACCAUCAUCCUCCUCACCUAUGGAAUCCCGGAAGCCUUGUCAGCUUGGGGCUGGAGAAAUUUCCUGGAUGCGGUUGUAUGUAAAAUCCUCUUUUACCUGUACCGGGUGGCCCGGGGCCUUGUCAUCUCCUCCACCUGCCUCCUGAGUGUCUUCCAGGCCAUCACCAUCAGCCCCGGCACUUCCUGGUUGGCGGGAGCCAAAGCCAAGUUACCCCAGUGCAUCGUCCCCUUCUGUGCCUUCUCUUGGCUCCUCAACAUGUUGAUUGACGUUACUGCCCUGAUCUACAUGACCGGUCCCCAGAACAGCAGCAGCGUCCGACUCUCACUGGAUCUCAAAUACUGCUCGACCAUCAGUGCCAGUGAAGCGAGUGCCCUAGCUGUCGCAGUCGCCUUGGCCCUCCGCGACCUGUUCUUCGUGGGACUCAUGACCCUGACUAGUGGCUACAUGGUGCUCAUUCUCUACAGGCACCACCAGCAGGUCCGACACAUCCACGGGACCAGCCGCUCCUCCAGGGCAAUGCCAGAGGUCACGGCGGCCAAGAGGGUCAUCACCCUGGUCACCUUCUAUGUCCUCCUCUAUGGGAGGCAGACCAUCAUGCUGAGCAUCUUGAUAAACAUGAAGGGGACCUCUCCCCUGCUGAUGAACAUCCACAUGGUGCUGGGGUUUGCCUUUUCAGUCAUAAGUCCAUUCCUGAUGAUCAUGAGUGACAGGCGGAUGGGAACGUUCUGGAGAAGGGGAUCUCCUGGAUCCAAAGCAGAUCCCUCCUAG